UGUUAGUUACACAAUAAUGAUGUAAUAGAUUUGUAAGAAAAGUCAUCAUGACGGAUAUUGAAGUCACUUCAUCUUCGAAGACAACUCUAACGGGUUCUGGUCUCAAAGAGAUGUCUCUGUCUGAUAAUGAUGCAUACGACACAGAUCUUGAGGACACAAUACCUCCCGUCAAGAAGCCUGGGGCAAAGGGGGCUCGAGCCUACAUUCAAACGUGUGAGAACCUGGACGUCCACCCCGUGAGGAGAGUGAUCGACGCCUUGAAUGAUCAUGAGCAUGAACUUAACCUUCGCUACAGGAACAUGGGACCGGUCCAUGCGAGGGCGUUGGCUGUGGGACUGGCGUAUAACGCCAGCAUAGAGUACCUCGACCUCCGGGAAACGGGUUUGGGCGGGGAAGGAGGCGCGCAUAUCGGUGACAUGCUCAAGGAAAACCAUUACAUGACUGAUAUGAAUCUCGCUGGUAACGAUCUGGGAUCAGUGGGUACAGCAGUGAUCGGCGAGGCCCUGGGUGUGAACACUUGCCUGUCUACUCUGACUCUAUCAGAGAAUAAGAUAGGAGACAGUGACGUCAGGUCCUUGGCACUUGGUCUGCAGGGCAACCACGUCAUAUCCUUCAUUGAUCUCAGCCACAACGACAUCGGCGAAGAAGGAGCCAAGGCUUUGGCAAGUGUCUUAGGUAGCUCGUCCCUUGAACGGUUGAACAUCAGCUGGAAUAAGAUCAGGAAGAAGGGCGGGGUUGCCCUCUGUAUGGCUCUAGCACACAACUCCAGUCUCAAGGAUCUCGACAUCUCCUGGAACGGUCUCGGCUUUGAAGGAAGCGUGGCACUUGGGGAAAUGUUGCGGACAAAUCGCUGUCUGCGUGACAUUGACCUCACCAACAAUAGGAUCCACUGGGAGGGAGUGAGGUGUGUGGCGAGUGGUCUCAAGGUGAACACCACUCUCGAGACACUCAAGAUUGGUUUGAACCCAAUCACGAUGUCUGGUUGUCAGCGCCUACUGGAUGCAGCCUGUGCACCCUCGAGUGCUCUAGCCUAUAUUGGAUUUGAUGAUAUUCCUAUAAACUCCUCCAUCAUGGAGAAGGCGAAGAAGAUCAUGGCGGGUCGAGGCAUGACCUUGGUUCAUGCUCAAGUUCACGACACGGUCGAGGUGUUUGGGACCAAUAAGAGACUAAGACGGAAAGACGACCCCCUGAAGAUGCUGUUCCGCUACCUUCAUCAAAGAGGCAUUCGCGUGAUGGACCUGUUCCGCACAUUUUAUACAGACAGCGAGAACAGGGUAACCAUAGACCAGUUCAUCCGGGGAAUUAAGAAAUGCUAUUUGCCCAUGACGGAACAGGAGAUGAUGAGGGCAGCGAAGAGCAUUCAGGACCAUACGGGGAAGAUCAGCUACCACGACAUCAAGAUUGGCGUCAGAUCCGUUACCAUGGAAAUACGCUCAGAAGAGCGGAAGAAGUACGUGGAGGAGAUCAAACGAAAGAUGGAGAGAACACGCAUCAUGGACAUCCCGGAAGAAAGGCGUCUCCAAGCAGUCAUGCAAGGAAGCAACGGAAGUCUGGAAUCAACUGGUAGCAUGACUGGCCAAGCCAUUGCCACGGGUCCUUAUAUAGGCAGACAGAGCGCGAUGGCGACCAGGUACCUUGAUCUGGAAGCAAGGACUAUGUCGUCUGCCUCAUUGCCUCGUUUAACCCCGCCAACCAGUCAUUCAGCAAAACACAAGAAGAACAGUAAGCGAAAGGCCUCGUCAGACAGGUCCGAAAAAGGCUCGAAAAGCUAAUAAAUGGGACCCUCUAGAAGAAAUAAGUUAAGAAUCAUAUUUCUUUCCACCA